UCUACGGCCGAAGCGAUAAUUUCACAUUUCGAAGGCUCAAAAGCAGAUUUGGUAGUUUGCGAUGGUGCACCUGACGUGACAGGAUUGCAUGCACUCGACGAAUACAUGCAAGGUCAAUUGAUCGUCGCGGCGCUGAAUAUCACAACAUUUGUGCUCAAAGAUUCCGGCACCUUUGUUGCCAAGAUAUUCCGUGCGAGACAUGUUACACUGUUGUACGCCCAACUGAAAAAUUUCUUCGAGCAAGUGUUCUGUGCGAAGCCUCGAAGCAGUCGACAGAGUAGUUGUGGUCAGUUUACGUUAUGCUGCAAAUUUAGAGGUUUCCACCUGCCGGAUGGCUACACACCAACAAUGGAGAAUCCUAUGUUUACACCUGAUUACGGUAUUGUUUAUUUCAUUAGCAUAUGUAAAAGCAAAUAG